CACUGGGGGAUAAAACACACUGUCCUCCACCUCUACAGUUCACGGAAUUUACCUGUUUUGACGAGGAUAUUUUCACAUGCCAACAUCGGAUAUUUAUGAACAUCUGCACCGGUUUAUAUAAGUAGCUUAAGUUUAAGGGGGAAAAGAAAGCAGGAAUGGAUCAAAAUCUAUUUGGCGGGGCUCCACGCUUCCUAACUCGACCCAAGGCCUUCUCGCUGUGCGUGGGACGAGAUGCCUCCCUCAGCUGCACUAUUGUGGGAACCCCUGUUCCUGUAGUCACCUGGGAGAAAGAUAAGAUGCUUCUUUCUGCAGGUGGACGUUUCAAAACAGUAGAAGAUGGUGAUGUUUACCGACUUACCAUCUACGAUCUAACUCUAGAAGACAGCGGUCAGUACAUGUGUCGUGCCAAGAACAAUGUCGGAGAGGCAUAUGCAGCUGUGACCCUGAAGGUGGGACUGCCGGAAACUGUGAUUGAUCGGGCCCCAUUGUUUACAGUAAAGCCUGUCUCCUCCCGUGUGGAUGUAGGGGGUGAUGUUACCUUCUAUUGUCGGGUGGCAGCCCAUCCAGCACCCAACUUUGACUGGGAAAAGGAUGGUCGCUACCUGGGUGAGACCAACCGCAUCAAGAUAACCUCAGAAAAUGAAUCCAGCUCCUUGAGGAUCCAGGGUGUUCGGAGCUUGGACAGUGGUACCUACACCUGCCGUGCACAGAACUCCAUUGGCCGUGCUCAGACCGCUGCUGCUCUGGUGGUCGACCUUCAAGAUACUCGUCUCCUGAAUGCAGACAAGAGCACAUCCCUCCUCUCACACAUGCAGAAGCGGAAAGAAGAGAUGCGGAAGGACAUCUCCUUAUACCGCACCAUGGAAAGUUCCUCAACCACGCAUACAGCUUCAUCUUCCAUGAUCACAGAGGAACGUGGAAGCUUGGGACUCGCCUGUGAUCAGGAGCAGAGGGUUUCGGCCUUAACCAGCAUGUUGCCCAAAGGUGUGUUCACCCGCACCUGUAUGGUGACCGAGGGUAAACAUGCAAAGCUUAGCUGUUUCGUCACAGGCCAUCCCAAACCUCAGAUCAUCUGGAGGAAGGAUGGGAUGAACAUCAGUGAGGGCCGCAGACAUGUUAUGUAUGAGGACCAGACGGAGAAUUUCAUCCUCAAGGUGCUCUACUGCAAACAAAGUGAUAAUGGGCUGUACACCUGCAAUGCAUCCAACUUGGCUGGACAAACCUAUAGCGCUGUGCUUGUGAUUGUCAAAGAGCCAAAGAUUCCGUUCAAGAAGAAGCUGCAGGAUGUCGAGGUGAAGGAAAAGGAAACCGCAACUCUUCAGUGUGAGGUGCCAGUGCAGAACACAAAGGCCAGCUGGUUUAUGGAGGAGACCCAUCUGGAGGAAAAUGCCAAGUACCGCAUGGAUGUGGAAGGGACCCUGCGCCGCCUCACUAUUCACAAUGUCACCACCAAUGAUGAUGCCGUGUACAUCUGUGAGAUGAAGGAAGGCAGCCGCACUGUGGCUGAACUUACAGUGCUGGGCAACAUCACUAAAAAGCUGCCGAGGAGGACAGUGGUGCCGGUUAGCGAUACCGUGAUCUUCUGUGUGGAACUGGAGAAACCAGUAGAUGAUGCAUACUGGACCAGGAAUGGGGAGAGGCUGAAAGAGGACUCCCGAAUUAUUAUCGCCCGCAUUAACAGACAGUACACACUGACCAUUCGUGAAUGUACUGCAGAGGACUCGGGUGAGGUGGCUUUCAUCGCCCAUGACUGCAAGACAUCCACCCGCUUCUCUGUCACAGCACCAAGGAAACAUCCCCCAGAUCCCCCAGCUGAGCCAGUGGUGCGGAACAAGACAGAUUCAUCGAUCACACUCUGCUGGUCUCCACCAGACAGUGAACGGCCUGUGCCCAUCACCGGCUAUAUUGUGGAGCGCAGGAAGGUGGGAGCCCAAACCUGGGUUAAAGUCACUAGUACAACUGUGUUUAGCACUGAAUACACCAUCAGUGAAAUUCCAGAAGAGGCAAGCUAUCAGUUCCGUAUCUCAGCGGUCAAUGAUUUUGGUCAGAGUGCCUAUUUGGAGGUUCCUGGAACGUUUUACCUUGAGCCCACAGCGUCAGUGAAGACAGGCCUGGUGAACUGCAGUGCACAUGUAGGUGAAGAAGCAACCUUCACUGUGGAGCUCUCAGCCGUAUGUUCCAGCUCCUGGACCAUAAAUGACAGAAUGAUCCGCAGUGGAUUUGAGUAUCUGAUCACACGCUCAAAGACCACACACACGCUGGUCAUCAGGGAGGUGUCCAUGGAACUGAAUGGAGCACAGGUCAAGUUUGUGGGUGGCGGAUCUCAGAGUGUUGCCACGCUUGGUGUGAAAGUCGCACCUGCACGUUUCACCAGUAAGUCUUCUCAGGUGGAGGUAUUUACUUUCAGCAUGCUCUCCUCUGCUCAGAUGUACACAGAAGUGUCCGAUUCAAGUGUCCAGGUUGUUUGGAUGAAGAAUGGGAAGGAGCUGAGAAUGGGUAAAAAAUAUGAAGCCACAAGUGUGGAGCGCAAACGAAUACUGACAGUCCACAAUGUUGACCGUGAGGACGUGGGCAUCUAUGAAUGCAUGUGUGAUGGCGAUAAAAUGUCUGUCCAACUUGCCCUUAAAGAAGAACCAGUUAAGUUUGUUAACAAGCCGAGGGCUCAGCCCCAGGAGAGUGAUGCUCUGGUGGGCGACGUGGUGUUGAGCUGUGAGGUUGCUUCUCCUGGAACUGCUGUUGUGUGGAAGAAAGAACAGAUAGAAAUAAUGGAGGACAAGAGGACAACUUUUAUAUCUCAGGGGACACAAAGGAAGCUGGUCAUCAGGGGUGCCAAGCAGAGCGAUGAAGGACACUACUCGUGUGAGACGGCAGAGGACAAAAUGACAUUCCUGGUCAAGAUAAAAGAAACUCGUGCUGCUUUCUCCAACAAGGACUCUUAUCAGAAGGAAGUGAAGGUUUCUGCCUCCCGAAUAGCCACACUGAGCUGUGAAGUUUCUGAUGCCAAAACUGAGGUGAAAUGGUUCAAGGAUGGCAAGCAGUUGAUUUCCAGUAAGACUGUCCACGUGGAGUCAAAGGGCAAGAGCCGUCAACUGGUGCUGGAGAAUGUGGAAAAGAAGGAUGCUGGAGAAUAUACUUGUGAAGUUGGAAAUGAUAAGCUGGCCUUUAAGAUUCGGGUGGAAGACAUUCAAGCUGCCUUCUCCAACAAGGAUUCCUACCAGAAAGUGGUCAGAGUAGCAGUUUCUCAGAAGGCCACACUGAGCUGUGAGGUUUCUGACUCCAUGACUGAGGUGAAAUGGUUCAAGGAUGGCAAGCAGUUGAGCUCCAGUAAGACUGUCCACAUGGAGUCAAAGGGCAAGAGCCGUCAGCUGGUGCUGGAUAAUGUGCAGAAGAAGGAUGCUGGAGAAUAUACCUGUGAAGUUGGAAAUGAGAACCUUGCCUUUAAAAUUCAAGUGACAGACAUUCAAGCUGCCUUCACCAACAAGGACUCCUAUCAGAAGGAAGUCAAAGUAGCAGCUUCCCAGAAGGCCACACUGAGCUGCGAAGUUACUGACCUUAAGACCGAGGUGAAAUGGUUCAAGGAUGGCAAGCAAUUGAGCUCCAGUAAGACUGUCCACAUGGAUUCAAAGGGCAAGAGCCGUCAGCUGGUGCUGGAGAAUGUGGAGAAGAAGGAUGCUGGAGAAUAUACCUGUGAAGUUGGAAAUGAGAAGCUUGCCUUUAAAAUUCAGGUGACAGAUAUUCAAGCUGCCUUCACCAACAAGGACUUCUACCAGAAGGAAGUCAAAGUAGCUGCUUCCCAAAAAGCCACACUCAGCUGUGAGGUUUCUGACCCCAAGACUGAGGUGAAAUGGUUCAAAGAUUGCAAGCAGUUGAGCUCCAGUAAGACUGUCCACAUGGAGUCAAAGGGCAAGAGCCGUCAGCUGGUGCUGGAUAAUGUGGAGACAAAGGAUGCUGGAGAAUAUACCUGUGAAGUUGGGAAUGAAAAGCUGCCAUUUAAGAUUCAGGUGACAGAGCUCAAAGCUGUAUUUACCAACAAAGACUCUUAUCAGAAGGAAGUGAUGGUUUCAGCCUCCCAAAAAGCCACACUGAACUGUGAAGUUUCUGACCUCAAGACUGAGGUGAAAUGGUUCAAGGAUGGCAAGCAGUUGAGCUCCAGUAAGACCGUCCACAUGGAGUCAAAGGGCAAGAGCCAUCAGCUGGUGCUGGAGAAUGUGGAGAAGAAGGAUGCUGGAGAAUAUACCUGUGAAGUUGGAAAUGAGAACCUUGCCUUUAAAAUUCAAGUGACAGACAUUCAAGCUGCCUUCACCAACAAGGACUCCUAUCAGAAGGAAGUCAAAGUAGCAGCUUCCCAGAAGGCCACACUGAGCUGCGAAGUUACUGACCUUAAGACUGAGGUGAAAUGGUUCAAGGAUGGCAAGCAAUUGAGCUCCAGUAAGACUGUCCACAUGGAUUCAAAGGGCAAGAGCCGUCAGCUGGUGCUGGAGAAUGUGGAGAAGAAGGAUGCUGGAGAAUAUACAUGUGAAAUUGGAAAUGAGAAGCUUGCCUUUAAAAUUCAGGUGACAGAUAUUCAAGCUGCCUUCACCAACAAGGACUUCUACCAGAAGGAAGUCAAAGUAGCUGCUUCCCAAAAAGACACACUCAGCUGUGAGGUUUCUGACCCCAAGACUGAGCUCCAGUAA